GUGAUGAUAGUGGCAAAGGAGUGAAAGUUAUGAAAUCAGAAGAUGCUUUGGAAGGACGAAAAUUAUCAUGGGGAAAGCUUCGUCGCAUUGACUCACUGAAUUUGGAGGCAGGGAGAGUCUCAAACAUUCAAACCCAUGGUGCUCAGAUGGGUUCGAGCAGGACACUGCUUCUAGCAUUCCAGAGCAUUGGGGUGGUGUACGGGGACAUUGGGACAUCACCACUAUAUGUCUAUGCAAGCACCUUUACAGAUGGGAUCAAAGAAACAGAAGACCUCUUGGGUGUCCUGUCUCUCAUUCUCUACACUUUGAUUCUCAUACCUCUGCUCAAGUAUGUCCUCACUGUCCUGUGGGCUAAUGAUAAUGGCGAUGGAGGGACGUUUGCGCUUUACUCUCUGAUAUCUCGGUAUGCAAACGUGAGCUUGAUUCCAAAUCAACAAGCUGAAGAUGCAAUGGUCUCAAACUACAAAUUAGAGACACCAUCAACCAGAAUGAAGAGGGCUCAGUGGGUUAAAGAAAAACUGGAGGGCAGUACAGUGGCUAAGGUUGUGCUUUUCUUCAUCACAAUCCUAGGGACUUCAAUGGUUCUCGGUGAUGGAGUCUUAACUCCAUCCAUUUCAGUGCUAUCUGCUGUGAGUGGAAUCAAGGAGAAAGCAACCUCCCUGACUGAAGGGAACAUUGUCGUAAUUUCCAUAGCCAUCUUGAUCAUGCUGUUUUCCAUUCAACGUUUCGGCACAGAUAAAGUUGGUUAUUCUUUUGCCCCCAUCAUACUAAUAUGGUUUAGCUUCAUUGGCGGUAUUGGACUCUAUAACUUAAUCAAGUAUGAUUUGGGUGUUUUGCGUGCAUUCAAUCCAAAGUACAUAAUAGAUUAUUUUAAAAGAAAUGGAAAACGGGGAUGGGUCUCUCUUGGUGGUGUUGUGCUGGCCAUUACAGGAACGGAAGCAAUGUUUGCUGACCUGGGUCACUUUAACGUCAGAGCCAUUCAGAUCAGCUUCUGUUUUGUUUUGCUCCCAGCAGUAUCACUAGCUUACAUUGGGCAAGCUGCAUAUCUCACCAAAUUCCCUGAGGAAGUUGCUGAUACUUUUUACAAAUCAAUUCCAGAUCCACUAUUCUGGCCAACAUUUAUAGUGGCUGUCUCUGCUGCCAUCAUUGCUAGCCAAGCUAUGAUAUCUGGUGCAUAUGCAAUCAUAUCACAGUCACAAGCUCUAGGAUGCUUCCCAAGGGUUAGAGUUUUCCACACUUCUGCUAAAUAUGAAGGGCAGGUUUAUAUUCCUGAAAUAAACUUUGGACUCAUGGCUGCCUGUGUAAUAGUGACAGCUAGCUUCAGAACAACAGAAAAGAUCGGAAAUGCUUAUGGAAUUGCAGUGGUUUCUGUAAUGCUGAUCACAACAUCCAUGGUCACACUUAUUAUGAUCGUCAUAUGGAAAACGAACAUUUGGUUGAUUAUAUUGUUCUUCUCACUGUUCAGUGCAAUAGAGAUCCUAUAUUUAUCUGCAGUCCUAUACAAGUUUGUAGAUGGUGGAUUCCUACCACUGGCCUUCUCAUUUUUUAUGAUGCUAAUAAUGGGUAUAUGGCACUAUGUGCAUGUAAAAAGAUACAAAUUCGAGCUCAAACACAUAGUUUCAAGGGAUUACAUAACACAAUUAGCCUUGAAACAAGAUGUAAGAAGGAUACCAGGGGUUGGAUUUCUAUACUCCGAGCUCGUCCAAGGCAUCCCACCCAUAUUCAGCCACUUUGUUGAGAAAAUACCCUCCAUUCAUUCUGUUCUUGUCUUUGUUUCAAUAAAGCACUUGCCAAUCAGUAGAGUGGAAAUGGAAGAACGCUUUCUUUUCAGACAAAUUGGACCCAGAGACUACAGAAUGUUCCGAUGUGUGGUACGCUAUGGAUAUAAUGAUGUUCUGGAAGAGGCCAAGGAAUUUGAACUAUUGCUCAUUGAACAACUGAAGCAGUUUAUCCACCAUGAGUACUUCUUUAUUGAAAGUGGACCUGCUAAGCAAAGUGAUCCACUCCCUGAGGGAGAAAACCUUGCAAGCUCGGAGCUUGAAACAAGCGAAACCAAGCCACAAAGAUCAGGAUCAUCCACAGUGCAUGUUGAGGAAACAAUGAGACCACAAAGUUCACCUAAUGACUCUUCAAGAUCUAUCCAUUAUGGUAUCAGCAAAUGCUCAACAAACUCUUCUGGCAGAAAUACGGUUGCACAGAUUCCAUCAGUUGAAGAGGAGAAACAGUUUGUUCAGAAAGAAAUGGAGAAGGGGGUGGUAUAUCUAUUGGCAGAAGCUGAAGUCGUAGCAGAGAAUAAUUCCUCUAUUGUCAAGAAAUUAGUGGUCAACUACAUCUACAAUUUCAUAAGAAGAAACAUCAGGCAGGGAGAAAAGGCUUUGUCAAUUCCACGCAGCAAGCUGCUCAAGGUGGGAAUGACAUAUGAAAUCUAGAACAUCCAAACAAGCUUCAUUGUCAGUUGUCACAGUAUUAUCCAGAUAAUGUCCCACUUGUAUUCCACAACAGUGUGAACUGUGCUAUAGUUUAUGGCAACUGAUGAUGGGUUGGCUGGUAAAGCCAAAAACUCCUGUAACAAUAAAUGACCAGAAUUCCAUGUGAAAAGAAAUCAAUCACACAACUAUGCUUCUGUA